AUGAACGUAGUCUAUGUCACAAUAUUAUCACGAUUUUCGAAGUCAAUGCCCAUUGUGGAAAUACAUGAAGCUAUGACAGGACAUAAUAACAAAAACAAUAUCGAUAAACCAGGUGUGAAUGUUAAAAUAAGACCAGCUUUAAAGAGGAGAACGACAAGUAAAGGGACCAAUCCUGAGAUAACAAUAUCAUAUACGUCAUUGAAAGUGUCAUUGAAAGUGUCAUCGGAUAAAGCGAUGUCGGAUAAAGUGUUAUCGGAUAAAGUGUUAUUGGAUGAAGUGUCAUUGGAUUGA